AUGCCUCGGCCAAACCGCAACCUGGCCACUGGCGCGCGAGUCAACGUGGUUGCGCGGUACGUGUAUCCAAGACACCUGGUGUCAACGCUGGUGCAUGAUGUGCGGGGUCAGGUGCUGCAGAAUCUGCUGGUGACUGGCUUUGGUGAGCGCGACAAGAAGAAGAACUGCGCCCUCUUGCGGUGGGAUCUGCACCCGGGCCACGAAUUCUACGCUGCAAGGGGCAACUGCCGUGUCAUGCAGACGGAGGCAGACUCCCCGCGACAGCCCCGAUCCCACAGCAAGGCGCCGCCGCAGCAAGCCCAACAGCACAGGCCCCAGCAGCAGCAUCAGCAAGCACAGCUGCCAAUCUCACAACUGCUCACCUCUCCGCGGCCACAGCAACAGGCGCACAAGCAGCACAAGCAGCAUGCCAACACAGGAAACGAUCGCAAUUGCACAAGCCCCGACAAACAGCGCUUCCAGCCUGAGCAGCAGCAGCAACAGCAACAGCAACAGCAACAGCAACAACAACAGCAGCAACAACAGCAACAACAGCAACAACAGCAACAACAGCAACAACAGCAACAGCAAAUGGGGCCACCGCCACCGCCGCCGCCACCGACAUCCUUUCAUGACAACUCGGCGGCGCUGGCAGCUGCGUCAACAGCGGAUGCUGACAAAACCAAUGACAGCCUGCGUCGAAGCAGCGGCAGCGGCAGCGGCGCUGGCACGGCACAGGAGCACCCGUUGCUGCACGCCCUCCCACUACACCAUCCUGGCCUGCGGGCUGGAGAUGUUCACCUGCCACCCAUUUACGCUGCGUUGAACGAAGACCAACAACACGCGCCCUUGGCCGCCACCUCCUCUACCACGCCAACCUCUGCUGCUGCCCCUCCCGUCUCAUCAGCCACCACAACGACCACCACCGCCACGACCAGCACCUCCUCGACCUCCCCUUCCACCGCCUCCUCCUCCGCCUCCUCUGCUGCUGCUAUUGCUGCUGCGGCCGUGGCUGUGUCGUCCUCUGCCGUCGUCAUACCGGGCCCGUACGACGACGGCCCACACCACCAACACGUCAGCUAUCAGCAGCACCAGCAGCAGCAAGAGGAAGGGGCCUCCCAUGGCAUGCUGGUCUCUCGCCACCAGACGGCGUCCUCACAGCACCCGCAUCACCCAAGCAUGCUGCAAGGACUGGCCCUCCCUCCCUUGCCCCAGCAUCAUCACCAACAACAACAGCAACAGCAACAGCAGCACCACCAACAGCACCACCAACAGCACCAACAGCAGGCGCUUGAGCAGGAUGCAGAGGUAUUGCAGGAACAGCAGGUCCUGGCGCAUACCCAGCAGAACCCGGCAGAGCACCACCACCAUCACCACCAUCACCACCACGUCCUCGUACACGCCCCUCACGGCAGCCAGCACCACAUGCAGCAGCAGUUCCACUCCCAUCACCACGACGAUGGGCAGCCAAGGCACGCACUGCCAUACCAAGCGCCGCCUGUUGUUGGCGCACAACUACAGCCGUAUCACCAGCACCAGCAACCACCCGCCUCUUUUGGGACGGAGUACAUGCCCUAUCGAUCGCAGCAUCACCAGCAAGAGCAAGAGCAACAACAACAACAACAACAACAGCAGCAGCAGCAGCAGCAGCAGCAGCAGCAUGAACAGCAGCAACAGCAGCAUGCACAUGCGGUGGGGCCACCGCCACCGGCCCCUUCCAUGCUUGAGUUGCCAAGCUUACCUCCACCGCACAGACCCCCAGUGCCUUAUGCACCCGUGCCGCCUGCCCCAUCACAGCCUUCCGUGCACCACGCAGGCCACCACCGCCACACACUUUCCCACACGCGCCACGAAGCCCACGCCCACCACAGCCUCGACCAGCAUCACACGCACCCACACCCACACCCACACCUGCACCAGCACCAGCAGCAACAACAACAGCAACAGCAGCACCAGCAGCAACAGCAACAGCAACAGAUGCCGCAGCUAUCAAGGCUGCCGUCACACUCGGAGCAUCCAGUCUUGCUUGGGUUGCACCAGGGGCACCACUACACGCCACCAUCAGCGAAUUCCGACGUACAAGUGGACCAACCACAGCACGAGCCGCAGCCAUCACAACAGCAACAGCAGCAACAGCAGCAAGAUGGAUCCUCUUCACGGAAGGGUGCGCAAAAGCAAUCUUCGUCACAAGCAGUUGUUAGGGCGGAUCGUGGGCUGUCGAGUAAGGCGCCGCCCCCGCAUGAUGAUGACAGCAACCCGGACCUGCAACAACAACAAGAACACCAAGAACAACGGGAACAACGGGAACAACGAGAACAACGGGAACAACGGGAACAACAACGAGAACAGCAACAACAUCAAGGGCAGCGGCAGCCACGACAGGAGGAGGAGCCAGGCCUGCGCAACUCAAGUGGUGGAGCGCGACAACGUCGACACAUACACGCGGGCAAGCAGCAACGCCACGAUCAACACAAAGAGCAGCACCGGGAUGCCCCCGAAGAGGUGCACCAACAAGAACAGCAGCAACACCAAGAACAGCAACAGCCACAGCAACAGCAGCAACAGCAGCAACAGCAGCAACAGCAACAACAGCAGCAACAGCAACAACAGCAGCAACAGCAGCAGCACGACCACAGCCAGGACAAGGGUGCAACAGCGUUGGCGUGUGAGAGCGGAGUGGCGCCAGGUGAACCCGAGCUGGUGCACGUGCACGUGCAAAAUGAGCUGCUGCUGAGUGUGGAGGACGAUGAUUCCGACUGGGAGAGCAUUUCCGAUGAUGACAGUGAUGGGCGUGACAGCGGUGAUGAUGACUUUCGUGGUGGCCGCAACCACGAUGAGGAUCAUGGUUGUGGCACAAGCACAGCGUUUGCACAUCCAGGCAGCGAUGGCGAAGGUGAUAGUGUACACAGCAGAGCCAGUGGCUCACGCACACCACAUGUCGAUGACAUCGGUGAAGAUCAAGAUGACAACGAUGGAGGGCAGCCACGUAAGCGCGCAAAGCGGCGCGCCUCGUCCGCUCAACCACCAUCUCUGGCGCAAGCAGCCAGUCCUUCUGCUGCUUCUGCAUCUUCUGCUGCUUCUGCUGCUUCUGCUGCUGUUGGUGGUGGUGGUGGUGGUGGUGGUGGUGAUGAUGGUGAUGGUGGUGGUGGUACAGGUGUGCUGCAUCGUCGCCGCAGAAGCAAGUGGGCCCGUGCGCGGUACACAUGGCAUGGCGCAUAUACGCACAUUACACGUGACUGGCGCACCACCAGCACCACCAGCACCACCAGCACCACCAGCACCACCAACACCACCAGCACCACCAGCAACACGAGCACAAACACGACGAUCACCGCCACGAAUGUGCCUGCCAACACAACUUUGAUCCCUACACAUACCAACAACAGUAGCAACGUUAGUAGCACGAGCAGCACCGCGAACAUGCAUCCAGGCGCCACCGACACCACGAGCAGGGCGCAUGGCUGGCACGUUGGCAACCGCAAUGCCCGCUUCGUUCCACACCACCGACCCAUGCCGCCUCUGACACAGUUCCAGGAGGCGCACAGCAACCGCCACGCGCGCCACUACUCUCCGCUCAGCCUCUUUGCCACAUUCUUUCCGCUAGAGGGGAUCGCCGACAGCAUUUUGGCGUCACCGUCACCACCACCACCGCCACCAUCAUCAUCUUCACCACUGUCAUCGUCGUCACACAGUGCACGCACGGCCAACCCGCAAGACGCCAGCGACACACCAACAACAACAGCAGCACCACCACCCAGGGCCGCAACUGUCAACAACAGCAGCAGCAGCAGCAACAACAGCAAUCACGUUGCCUGUGACGCCAGCGACGGCAGCAUCACAGCGAGCGAGUUCUCGCGCUAUCUCGGGCUGUGCCUGCUCAUGUCCCAAUAUCCACAGCAGCCGCUUCGCUCGUUCUGGCGACCUGUGUCCAUGUCGCAUCCGCUCACCAUUCGCUCGAGCUUCGCCGACCUCAUGUCCUUUGAUCGGUUUCAGCACAUUGCUGGUCGCCUCCGUCGCUUCGCACUCGCACGCGCACGGCCAGCACCGCGGUUCAGUGGUGAUUACGCCGGCACAAACACAGCCAGCAACACAAGCAACGCAAACACCGCAAGCAACGCCGACAAAAGUCCACAAGAACACCAACGUCGGCAGCAACAACAGCAACAACGACAACAGCAACGACGACAACAGCACCAGCAGAUCUUACCGAUCAUCAUAUUGUGUGAUCUUGUGGAUGAAAUGAACGCGCGCACGCAGGCGGCUUUCACACCGUCGUGGCUGCUUCGCCUCACCACUGGACACACGUGCGGAUCGCAGCGCCACCCGCUCUCAACACAGUUCUCAGCAGUGUCGUGUGCCCAGACCGGGGUGGUGUUUGCCGUGUACUUGAGCAUGCCUUCUCCCACCAACACACGUAAGGCAGGCGGCGUGGUAUCGCAUGCGCCCACCGCUCAGAGCAGCAGUGCAGGGAAUGUGCCUGCAACCGCAGACCCAGGACGCGCACCGCCUCAAAGUGCACAGGACGAUGCGGACUCGCCAGACGCACAGCACCAACAGCAGCGACCAGGAAGUGCGUUUCCACAGGCAACACGCAACGUGACUGAUAUGUUGCGCAAGGCGCUCCGUGAAGCAAGGCACCCGCACACCCCCGCAACGCACAUGCACACAUCAUCAUCAUCAUCAUCAACAUCAUCAUCAACAUCAUUGUCGCUGUCGUCGUCGUCGGCAAUGCGCAGGAAUUCCACCCACCUCUCCCCUUACAGCAGCAUUCGUCGUGACGCUGGUGGCACUGACACACACGCAGGCAGCAGGGCCUUUGCUCGCAAGCGGCUGUCGCCGUCACAGCUUGCCCUGCGCGCGUUGCUGGCCGCGGGGGUGCCGGUGUCCCUUUCACCAGCACGACAAAGCGCAGCGGCUGUCACACCUAGCCACAACAGCCACAACAGCCACAACAGCCACAACAGCCACAACAGCAGUGACCGUGGUCAUGGCAACAGCAUGAGGCAUGCAGCAGCACCCACAACCACAGGUCCCCACAGCGCCGGCAGCAGCACGUCGUUGACCGGCAGUGCUGUUGUGAUUGAUGGUGAUGUUGGAUCGCUUGAGUUGCUGGCGGCGUUGCGGCGGGCAGGUAUCUUUGGUGUGACGCCGAUUCGAAGCAGCAACAUGCGAUGGAGUCGCGCGCUUCCUGUUGCCCAGCUCAAGGCCGAUGCUGUUACCCUCGCCCCUGGACAAUGCAUCGCACGCGUUGGAAGCGUGGGCGGUGAGGGCGUGUAUGUGGCUGCUGUGCGCGGCGUGUCGCACGUGUGCAUGCUGGCGUCAACCUUUGGCACCACCUCCUACCGUGCAGACACGCACCAUCAUCAGCAGCACCAUGAUGGCGAUGCUAUCCCUACGGGUGCCGUUGGGGAUGCCCCCUUUCCAUCGCAGCUGUCACGACCGCCACUACCGCCCUUGCCCCCAGCGCAGCCACCACAUCAUCACCACCAGCACCACCAGAAGCAGCACCACCAGCACCAGCGCCACCACCAUCAACAGCCGCAGCCCGCCACGCUGGAUCACCAGCACCACCAAUAUCAGCAGCACCAGCAGCCACCACAGCAAGAACAGCAACAACAAGAACAGCCCAGCCUCGGCACAGUAUAUACAGGCAUGAGGCAUGCAGCAGCACCCACAACCACAGGUCCCCACAGCGCCGGCAGCAGCACGUCGUUGACCGGCAGUGCUGUUGUGAUUGAUGGUGAUGUUGGAUCGCUUGAGUUGCUGGCGGCGUUGCGGCGGGCAGGUAUCUUUGGUGUGACGCCGAUUCGAAGCAGCAACAUGCGAUGGAGUCGCGCGCUUCCUGUUGCCCAGCUCAAGGCCGAUGCUGUUACCCUCGCCCCUGGACAAUGCAUCGCACGCGUUGGAAGCGUGGGCGGUGAGGGCGUGUAUGUGGCUGCUGUGCGCGGCGUGUCGCACGUGUGCAUGCUGGCGUCAACCUUUGGCACCACCUCCUACCGUGCAGACACGCACCAUCAUCAGCAGCACCAUGAUGGCGAUGCUAUCCCUACGGGUGCCGUUGGGGAUGCCCCCUUUCCAUCGCAGCUGUCACGACCGCCACUACCGCCCUUGCCCCCAGCGCAGCCACCACAUCAUCACCACCAGCACCACCAGAAGCAGCACCACCAGCACCAGCGCCACCACCAUCAACAGCCGCAGCCCGCCACGCUGGAUGUUCGGGGCUUUGGCGAUGAAGAGCGAGCACAGGGUGGCGAGGACCACACUGCGACUUCACUCUCCACAACACCUCCACCACAUACACACCAGCACCAGCACCACCAAUAUCAGCAGCAACAGCAGCAACCACAGCAAGAACAGCAACAACAAGAACAGCAACAACAAGAGCAGCAGCAGCAACAGCAGUUGUAUCCGCACAUCUUGCGUGUGUGUCAGGAAGCGCGCAGACACAACGGUGUUGCCGUUGGCGAGGCAAAAGUACCACCUCCAGCAACAGCGACAGCGCAUUCAAUUCACAAUGGCCAUGGUGGUAACAUCAUGCACACAACCACAACCGAGCCGGGGGCACAGUCCUCCUCAAAAUCGCCGCCAGGGGAAGAAGAAGUGAUCACUGCCACGACUCGGAGUUCGAUUGGAAAGGCCGUGCGUCGUGCUGUUUCGUGUUCAGACUGGUGGGAGAGUCAGUUUUGGUUCCUGGUGAGCACAGCCAUCGACAACGCGUACAAGAUGCACGUGCAUGUGCACGGCAACAGCAGCAGCAGCAGCACCACCAGCAGCAGCAGCAGCAGCAAAGACAGCGGAGAUGGCGGCGGUGCGUUGGAUGCGACGUCGUUUGUGCUGCAACUCGCACGCGAGCUGUUGUACAGCGGAGUGUCUGAGGCCGUGUCAACCGGGAUUGGCGUUGGACCUGCGCACCACAACACGGCGCUUGGAACCGCAGGCACCCACCCGUCCACACGCGUCCACGGCGGAGAGCACUAUUCUUCGCGGGAGGCGGUCACUGUUUCGUCGACAUCAUCGUCGUCGUUUGCGAGCGGUGUGGAUGCGCGGAGUGCACACGUGUUACCGCACCAGUUGUCAACACCGCUCUCCGCAUCAUCUGUCACACCCUCGUCCAUGGCAGCUGCGAUGGGGCCAGGGAUGGGACCACCACCGCCACCAGCCAUGGCAGGUGGGGUGAACGUGGCGCCAUCAAGCCCAACGGAGAGCCAGCUGCACACGCUGCAAAUGAUUCCUCUCUACUCGACGUUUGAUCGGAAGCAGCAGAUGUGGGUGAAGAGACUCAAGGACAAGUAUCCACAGCGGCUGUGCGUCAUCUGUGGGCGCCGCACACGCUACUUCUGUGCUGCAUGUGCACCAGAUGGACUGUGCAAGACGGGCGACUGCUUUGUCAAGCACUGCGCCAAGUUUGGCCAGUGAGGAAGUGGUGUGGUUUUGUGUGUGUGUGUGUAUGCGUGUGUGUUGUGUGCAUAAC